AUGUCAGGACGAAAGACUAAAAAUCAACUGAAAAGGUUUAAUAAUUCAAACAAUUCACAAAAUGAAAGUAACACAGAAUUAAUAAAUUUAAUGGAAAUGUUUCCUGAUUGGACGGAAGAUGAUUUAAAACCUUUAUUGAAUGAAAAUGAUUUUGAAACAGUAAUUGAUUUAAUAGUUAAUGGUAAAGUAAGUAAAUGGGAAAGUGCUAAAAAACCUGUAAAUAAAGAAACCAAACCUAAAGAGUCACACCCUCAUCCAUAUAAAGAAGUUUCACAUAAAGAAGUUAAAGAUACUCGAGAUAUAACCAAGAAAGAUAAAAAGAAGAAACCUGUAAAGAAGGCUGUCAAUGGCACUUCAUCAGUUCCAGUAGCAAAUGGAUCAUCCACAUCAAAUGGUACAACUGCUGCUCCAGUCAAUGGAGGUUCUUCUUGGGCUGCUGCAUUAUCUGAAACCAAAAAGGAAGUUGCUGUGCAAUCUGAAGAACCUGUAGAACAACCUGUAGAAGAAAAGAAAAUAGCUGAAGAACCAAAGAAAGAAAAGAAGGAAAGAAAAGAAAAGAAGAAGGUAGAAAAGAAAGAAAAGGAAGAAAAAGUUGAAAAGAAAGAACCAAAAGUUGAACAAAAGAGUACUUGGGCAUCAAUGUUAACACCAAAACCAAAACCUGCUCCUGUUAAAAAGGAAAAGAAGAUUGAAGACAUACCAAUUGCUGAAAUUCAAGAAAUGAUUCCUAAAGUUCCACAACCUGAACCUGAAAAGGAAGUUGAACCAGUGGUUGAACCUGAACAACCAGUUGCUGAACCAGUUGCUGAACCAGAAUCAGUUCCUGAACCAGCUCCAGUCAAAGAAGAAGUUGUUGAAAAGAAUGAACCAUCUGUUAUCUUACCAAACAAUAAUAUCAAUGAUAUUGGUGUAAGUUUUGGAUCAUUGAAUUUGGAAAAAGCUCAAGCUCCAGUUCAAACCCAAGCUUCAGCUCAAACUCAACCAGCUCCAUCACAACAACAAGCUCCUCAACAACCUGCUCAACAACCUCAACAACCACAACAAGCUCCUCAACAAUCUCAACAACAAGCUCCACAACAACCACCACAAUCAGCUCCUGCUGCUGGUCAACCACCAGCUCCAGGUCAACCAGGUUAUGAAUACUAUUAUAAUCAACAACCACAAAGUCAAUAUGGAGGUUUUGAUUAUUCUAACUACAAUGCUCAAUUAUUAGCUGCCCAACAAGUUGCUUUACAACAAAUGGCUGCUCAAAAUCCAAUGAGUACUCAAUCAAAUCCAAUGAUGCCAAAUAAUUCCGGUAAUCAACCACAAAAUCCAACUAGUUCUAAUGGGGAAUUUGAAAGUAGUCCAGUUAACUUAAAUCAACAAUAUUUAAAUCAACAAGUACCACCAGGUCAACCACCAUUUGGUUAUCCACCAUAUUAUAAUUAUUAUUAUAAUCAACAAUUUUACAAUCAAUUCCCACAACCAGGACAACCAGGACAACCAGGACAACAAACUCCACAACAAUCACAAUCUCAACCAACUUCACAAUCCAACCAAACUCCAUCAAUGGCUAAUCAACAACCAACAGGUCAACCACCAAUGCCACAACCUGGUCAACCUCAACAACCUCAACAACCUGGUCAACAACCAUUUUAUGGAUUCCAACAAUAUCCACAAUACGGAUUUCAAGAAUCUCAAUAUAGAGGUUGGUAUUAG